AUGUUCUUUUCAAAACCCGUCAACCCAAACACGACGCCAUGGCCUGAGCAUAUGCCUUACGAUGCCCAGGCGGUAGAAGUACCUGGCACGAAGCGCCCCGGUCAAACCGCCCACUACCGUAAUGGCGUUUUUGGGCUCAUCAACGAGAACUCGCCUGGAGCCAUUCUAACUUUGCCUGAGGUGUUCGCGUAUGGUAUCAGUAUGGGCAAGGAUCGACCAUAUCUCGGUCACCGGCCUUUGGUCUCAUCAAACCCUCUCAAGUUCGCCGACCAUUAUGUCUGGCAAACUUACGCCGAAGUUGAUAUCCGAAGACGCCGCUUGGGCAGCGCGUUGCGAUAUCUUUUCGACACCGGAGUCCUAGGGGGAGCUGACUUAGACACUGUCGGAAUUUGGUCAAUAAAUAGGCCAGAAUGGCAGAUUGUCGAUCUUUCACUCCACGCGUACCGUUUGGUUGGCGUAAGUUUGUAUGACACGCUCGGAAGAGAUGCCGUCGGUACCACCAAUCACGCUCAAUGCACGGUUGUCUUCACCACGUUCUCCCAUGUCUCCGAUUUGCUCAAAAUGGCCUCCAAAUUGCCAAACGUCAAGCUUAUCGUUUCUUUGGACAACCUGACUCCCGAAGCCCGACAGGUGGUAUCUUCCUGGGGAGAUGCUGUUGGCAUCCAAGUUAAGGAUUUGAGCGACAUGGAGAAGCUGGGUGAAGCCCACCUUACCGAUAUUCUCAAGCCAGAUCCCAACUCCGUCGCGUCCAUCUGCUAUACUUCUGGCACCACCAGCAACCCAAAGGGUGCCCUCCUGUCCCAUAGAAAUCUCGCAAUGAGCGUCUUCUCCAACCUCUUUGGCCUCACUAUUCAGCAAGAUGGCUGCGCACUCUCAUACCUUCCCUUGGCCCACAUCUACGAGCGUCUUGUCGAACUUUCGACCACUGCUGUUGGCGGGAAAAUCGGUUAUUUCACAGGCGACCCACUCCGUCUUCUCGAAGAUGCUCAAGUCUUGAAGCCAAACUUCUUCCCCGCCGUUCCCCGUGUUCUGAACAGAGUCAGCCAAGCAGCCGCAGUGGCAGGCAAAGCACCCGGUCUUAAGGGUGCGCUUUUCAGGAAGGCCGUUCAAGUCAAGCUGGACCGACUAGUCAAGACGGGAAUUAACACCCAUCCAUUCUGGGACAGACUCGUUUUCUCCAAGGUUACUGCUGUCCUUGGUGGUAAUCUGGAGUUGAUCACCACAGGUUCUGCGCCUACUAGCGUGGAGGAGAUGAACUUCCUUCGCAUCUUGUUGUGUUGUGAACUGAGUGAGGGUUACGGAAUGACUGAGAACACUGCGACUUGUUGCAAGACUUGGCCAAAUGACCCUCACUCCAGCGGGACCGUUGGUGCUCCACAUCCACUUAACGAAGUUAAGCUUGUCGAUGUGCCAGAAAUGGGAUACACAUCUAGCGACCAGCCAAACCCUCGGGGAGAAAUUUGCACGCGCGGACUCAACGGUUUCUCUGGGUACUACAAAGAUGAAAAGAACACGAAAGAAACCUUGGACUCGGAGGGUUGGUUGCAUACCGGCGACGUCGGCGAAAUCGACCAAGCGGGUCGCCUAAAAAUCAUUGACCGUGUCAAGAACAUCAUGAAGCUCUCUCAAGGCGAAUACGUUGCCCUCGAAAAGAUCGAGAAUCUUUACGGAAACUCACCCCUGGUUCAACAAAUCUACGUGCAUGGCGAUUCGCUGCAGUCCUAUCUCUUGGCCGUUGUUGUACCUGACCCCAUCGUAUUUGCGGAGCUUGUGAGUGGUGUUCUGGGCAAGAAAGUUACUGCGGAGGAUGCAGAUGUUCUGCAAAGAGCAUGCGAGGACGAAAGAGUCGUCAAGAAGGUAUUCGAGGCAUUGGCCGUUGAGGCGAAGAAGAGUGGAUUGAAAGGGUUCGAGGCCGUUAAGCGUAUACAUGUCUGCAUGGAUCUGUUCUCCAUCGAGGAGGGCACUCUCACGCCCACGUUCAAACUUCGCCGCCGGGAUGCAUAUGCGAAGUUCAAGACAAGACUAGAUGCACUCUAUGCCCUUGGAGAGCCGUCUUCGAGCCGGCUUUAA